UAAGAACUUGCGCUCCAAACCUCACACCUAAUGAUCCCUUUUUCCUUUUCUCCUCAUUUUCUUGAAAUAUAGGGGAGUCCCACUCUUGUACCCUAGCUGUUCUUCCAUGCUCAGGCGCGUCCACAAAUGGAAACCCCACCAUUUUCCACGAAAAUUUGCAUGCCUUUGUCCGUUCACAAUCUUCAUUUUCAAUAAACACUCAGUCUCUGCUGCGAAGGUUGAAAAUGAGCCUGUCAGUUCUUCCUCUAUCGAUCCUAGCGCGGUUGACCCAGUUCGUGAAGUUCUCACGGGUUUGAGGAAUUUUGGCUUGAGAAAUUUCCUUGCCGGUGAAUAUUUCCGUUCCGUAUUUUGGAAGUUGAAUCAGCCGCAGGUGGAUCAAAUUAUCGAUUUUCUGAGGAGAGAGAAUUCAGAUGCUGCGUUGUUCUUCUUUUAUGCCUUGAGGAAUGACUAUGGGUUUCGACACUCCAGGGAUUCCCAGUUUGUUGUUGCGCAUGUUUUAGCAAGUCAAAGGCGGUAUGGGGACCUGCAAUUGGUCAUAAAGCAAAUGCUUGCACGGGAAGGUUCUGGUUCUGCUCCCUUACUUUGUGAGCUGCUCGUGAGCAGUUUCAGGGGCUGGGACUCAAAUAGUGUGGUAUGGGAUGCAUUGGCUUUUGCUUAUUCAAGAUAUGAGAUGGUUAAUGAUGCCUUGCUUGUUCUGGCAUAUAUGAAAGACUUAAAUUUUCCGGCUUCUACACCUACCUAUAAUAGCUUGUUGCAUAACUUAAAACAAACUGAAAUGUUUUGGGAUAUCUACAAUAAAAUGAGGCACAAUGGGGCUUCUGAAAACGAGUAUACUAGCUCUAUACUCAUAGGUGGCCUAUGUGAGCAGGCUAGGCUACAGGAUGCCAUUCUAUUUUUGAGGAAUUCUAAGGCAAAUGGACUUGGCCUUUCUGUUGUUUCCUUCAAUACAAUGAUGUCAAGAUUUUGUAAAUUGGGUUUUGUAGAUGUAGCAAAAUCUUUGUUCUGUAUGAUGCUUAAGCAAGGUCUGUUUCCUGAUGCAUAUAGUUACAAUAUUUUAAUUCAUGGUUUGUGUAUAGCUGGUUCCAUAGAGGAAGCUCUAAAUUUUAUAGACCACAUGAAAAAUCAGGGGAUAAAGCCUGAUAUAGUAACCUACAACAUUCUUGUCAAAGGGUUUCUCUUACUUGGCUUAAUAGAUGGGGUUUGGCAGCUCAUUCAGGACAUGUUGUUGGUUGGAUUAAAUCCUAAUGUUGUUACGUAUACAAUAUUAAUUUGUGGGCAUUGCCAGAUGGGCAAUAUUGAUGAAGGUAUGAAGUUGCUGGAGGAGAUGGUUUCUCUUGGAUUUCAGUUGAGUCUCAUUCCAUACUGUGUAUUACUUAGUAGUUUGUGCAAAUAUGGACGUGUCGGGGAAGCACUAAGAUUGUUCUAUGACAUGGAAACUUCAGGCCUGAAACCAGAUCUCAUAACAUAUUCUAUUCUGAUUCAUGGGCUUUGCAAGCUAGGAGAAGUCCAGAGUGCUUUAAAGUUUUAUAGGGAAAUCUGUUCUAACAGAUUCUUCCCAAAUUCCUUCAUUCACAGUUCUUUUCUGGUAUCUAUGUGCGAAAAUGGAAUAACAAUGGAGGCUAGAAAGUAUUUUGAAGAUCUGACGAGCAAUGAACCACAGAAUAUAGUUUUUUAUAAUAUUAUGAUUGACAGAUAUGUAAAGUUUGGCAAUAUUGAGGAAGCUUCACAGUUGUAUAAAAGAGUUAUUGAGAAAGGAAUUGCUCCUACUAUUGUUACUUUCAACUCCAUGAUUUAUGGAUUCUGCAAGAAAAAGAACUUAAGGGAGGCUAGAAAAUUGUUUCAACACAUUAGGCGUUAUGGCCUAUUGCCAAAUGCCAUAACUUACACCACUCUUAUGAAUGCAUUGUGUGAAGCUGGAUAUAUGCAGGGCGUGAUUGAAUUACUACAAGAGAUGGAAGCAAAUAAUGUAAUUCCAACUCACAUUACUUAUACUGUAAUUAUCAAAUCUCUUUGCAAAAAUUGCAGGCUGAGUGAUUCCCUCCAAGUGCUUAAUGAUAUGCACUCUAAGGGUUUACAUCCAGAUCAAAUUACAUAUAAUACUGUCAUCCAGUAUUUCUGUAAGGGUCACAACAUGGAAAAAGCCUUCGAAUUGUUCAAUGAGAUGUUAAGGCUGAAACUGGAGCCUACUCCUGCAACGUAUAAUGUUUUGAUCAAUGGCCUUUGCAUUAAUGGUGGCCUAGAAUAUGCUGAUAGACUGCUAAUUGCUCUUGAAGAUCAGAAUGUCUGUUUGUCCAAAGUUGCUUACACUGCAAUGAUAAAAGCACAUUGUGCGAAAGGUGAUGUCCACAGGGCUGUUCUGUUCUUCCAUAAAAUGAUUCAAAAGGGAUUUCAAAUUUCAAUCAGUGAUUACAGUGCUGUAAUCAAUAGAUUGUGCAAAAGACGUUUUAUUUCUGAAGCAAAGUAUUUCUUUUCCAUGAUGUUAUCUAAUGAUAUUUCUCCUGAUGAAGAACUUUGCAAGAUGAUGCUAAAUGCAUUUUCUGAAAGUGGUGUUCACGGUUCAGCUUCCGAACUACUUGCUGGAAUGAUUAAAACUGGUUUACUUUCUGAAUAGCCAACGAAAUGGCUCACUGCAUUCCAUCUGGCUCUCUAAUUGGAUCUACUUGGAAAUGAAAGCAUGCACAGGGUGAUUGAGACUCAAGGCCUGCAAAUUGUUGUCUCAUUGAAGCAGCGUCUUACAUAUAUGUCAUUUAUGAUUUGAUUUGGGUGAUCAUCAAAGUAAA